AUGGCGGAAAAAGACGAGAUAGAAAACGAACUGCUCAAGGAGGACGAUUUAUCAACUAGCGAAGAUGAUCCGACCAUAAAAAACGUCCUUCGAUCGAUAGAUGCUCAUAUGGCUACUUUGGCGAACAAUAUGUCAAAUAUGAGUCAAGAAAUCCGCAAAAUAAAACAAACUCCAACCGCUACUGCCAAACGAGAUUCUCGGGCCGUGGAGUCAGCAGAGUCUUUGACUCUGAGCAGCAAGAAAAGGAGGUCGAAUGAUCAAGAAGGGAGUGAUGUUGAUGCCCUGAUCGACGACCAUCCUUCAGAGCAAGAGACCGAAUCAGCUGAAACUAAAGAUGGCGACGAGGAAGAUGCAUUCCUCACAACGUUAGCUAUGGAGUAUUCGGCUGACGAUAAAACAAGUAGUCCGGUCUCGACUCAGCUGGCUGAUAUCGUCAAUAAGAGAUGGUCGUCAAAAUUAUCGGACGACAAAUUCAAAGAGAAAAUAGCGAAAUAUUACCGACCAGAGAACUGCGAACGAUUGUUUGCUCCCAAGGUAAAUCCCGAAAUUUGGUCCCGAAUAUCAAACAUGGGCCAACGACAGGACCUUAAACUUGUCGCUAUCCAAAAAAUCUUGGUGGCAGUUGGCACAGCUCUCACACAGUCUGCUCAACUGCUUAUGAAUGCUCGCCAAACUGGCGGCAUUCGGCGCCAUGAUGGCGGCGAAAACAACACCAUGAACGAAGUUCUCACACUUCAA